UUGCUGCGCGCCAUGGGCUCGACAGCCUUUUUCUUCUUCUUCCUCCUCCUCCUCCUCCUUCAGGUGAGCGGUGAGCGUGCGGGGCAGGAGCCGUGCCCAGCGGCCUUCAGGAGGACCGAUGUGACUUGGGCCGUGCCCCGGAGCCAGCUGGAGCCGGGCCAGGAGUUGGGCCGAGUGGUUCCGGUCAGUUGUCCAGGACAAGCGGCAGUGCACAUGAGCACAGAUGACAAUCACUUCAUCGUGACCAGCAGCGGGACGGUCCUCGUGAGACACCGGGUGGACAUGGGAGGCCAUGAGAGGACUUUCUCGGUGUAUGCUCGGGAUGCUGCCGGCCAGGAAUCCUCAACUGUGGUCACUCUAAAGAGCCAGGAGGCCUCAUUGGAGAAGGACAACUGGACCCCAAGAAGCUGGGGCCCCAAAUUGCUGAGAUUCUCCCCACCCAGGCACGGUUUGAAGAGGCAGAAGAGGGAAUGGGUUGUACCUCCAUUGUCGAUUCCUGAAAAUGGAAAGGGACCCUAUCCCUUGAAGCUGACUCAGCUCAAAUCCAACAUGGACAAGUCCUCCAAGAUCUUCUACAGCAUCACAGGGCCAGGUGCAGACAGGCCCCCCGAGGGGAUCUUUACCAUCAUGAAGGAAACUGGUUGGUUGAUGGUGAUGCAGCCGUUGGACAGAGAGGAGAGAGACCGUUAUCACUUCUACGGGCACGCCGUGUCUGAGAAUGGCAAGGCCGUAGAGGCACCGAUGGAUAUAUUUGUCACCGUGACUGACCAGAACGACAACAGGCCCCAGUUCACUCAGGACCUUUUCAGAGGGGCAGUCAUCGAGGGAUCGUUGCCAGGCACCUCCGUGAUGCGAGUGUCCGCCACCGACGCAGACGAUGAGAUCAGCACGUACAACGGGGUGAUUGCUUACUCCAUCCUUAACCAGGAACCCAAGGAGCCCCACGACAACAUGUUUACUGUGGACCCAGGGACUGGAACCAUCCGUUUGAUUGUGAGCGGGCUGGACAGAGAGAAAGUAGCAGUGUAUAACCUGACCAUCCAGGCUGCCGACAUGAAUGGAACAGGGUUAAGCACCACGGCAUCGGCCAUGAUAGAAAUCACCGAUGCCAAUGACAACGCUCCCAAUUUUGACCCUCAAACGUACAGCACAGAGGUGCCGGAGAACCAAGCGGGGUAUGAAGUUGAGCGACUCAGCGUGACAGAUGCCGACGCCCCUGGCACCCCGGCUUGGAGCGCCGUAUAUCGGAUCGUGGGAGGGGACGAAGGAGGCCGCUUUACUGUAACUACUGAUCCGAAAAGCAACGAUGGCAUCGUAACAACUAAGAAGGCUUUAGACUUUGAAACCAAGAACCAGUUCACGCUCCACAUCGAAGCGACCAACGAGAUUCCCUUCGUGGUGAAGCUCCCGACCUCCACCGCCACCGUGACCGUCGUGGUGCAGGAUGUGAAUGAGCCUCCUGUCUUCCUCCCAGCCACCAUGGCCGCGGCCAUCCCAGAGGAUGUGCCCGUGGGAACCAGAAUCGGCUCCUACCCUGCUCAGGACCCAGACAGGCAGAAGAAUCAGAAGCUCAGCUAUCAUCUUGUGAGCGACCCUGCGGGGUGGCUGGCAAUCCACCCGGAGAGCGGUGACAUCACCACGAGGGCCCUCUUGGACAGAGAAGACAUCCAGUUUGUCAGAAACAACGCCUACAAGGCCAUCGUUGUGGCCGUCGAUGAUGGAAGCCCUCCCGCCACCGGCACAGGGACUUUCCUCGUGACCCUCCUGGAUGUGAAUGACCAUGGCCCCGUCCCACAACCACAACAGAUCACCAUCUGCAAUCACAACGCCGUACCCCAGGUGCUCAACAUCACAGACCAGGACCAGCCCCCGAAUACCACUCCCUUCAGGGCUCGGCUUACACACGACUCCGAUAUCCACUGGACCGCCGAGAUCAACGAGAGAGGUGAUGCGGUGGCCUUGUCCCUGAAGAAGGCCUUGACUAAGGACACCUACAAUGUCUACCUGACUCUGCACGACAACCAAGACAAGGACCAGCUGACUGUGAUCAAGGCAACCGUGUGUGACUGCGAGGGCCACGUCGAAGAGUGUCCGGAGCCCUGGAAGGCCGGCUUUCUCCUGCCCAUCUUAGGAGUCGUCCUGGCCCUGCUAAUCUUCCUGCUUGCCCUCCUCUUGCUGGUGCGAAGGAAGAGGAGUGUCAAGGAGCCCCUUCUGCUUCCGGAAGAUGACACCAGGGACAACGUGUUUUACUAUGGAGAGGAGGGAGGCGGCGAAGAGGACCAGGAUUACGACAUCACUCAGUUGCACCGAGGCCUGGACUCCCGGCCGGAGGUGAUCUUCCGGAAUGAUGUGGUACCCACUUUCACACCUCCUCCCCUAUACCGGCCACGUCCAGCCAAUCCCGACGAGAUCGGCAAUUUCAUCAUUGAGAACCUGAAGGCUGCCAACGGCGACCCCACCGCCCCACCCUAUGACUCCCUGCUGGUGUUUGACUACGAGGGCAGCGGCUCGGACCCGGGGUCCCUGAGCUCCCUGACCACCUCCGAUGUGGACCGAGACCAGGACUACGACUAUCUGAAUGAGUGGGGCAAUCGCUUCCAGAAGCUGGCAGACAUGUUCGGCGGUGGGGAGGAUGACUAGGCGGG